AAAAAAUGAGACGGCCAAAAUUGGCUAUGGCGCCAAUGAGGGGCGAAAAAUUACAGCCGUUGGCAUCAAAACAUUCGCUUGCGCAACGACCUGAGUCCCCGCGACGGCCUUCGAAAAUCGUCAAAUUCAACGACGAAGAGGCAGGUCAGAGCGCCUCAAGUAUGAGUAAGAAGCAAAUGAAUCCCAACCCUAGACUCCAGAGAUACUUGAUAGCAAUUGAGUAUAUUGGAACUCGAUUCGCCGGCGCUCAGCAACAAUCCAAUUGCCGGACCGUCGUCGGUGUUCUGGAGGAAGCCUUCAAAAAAUUUAUUGGACAGCCGGUAUCAAUAUUUUGUUCAAGCCGGACUGAUGCAGGAGUACAUGCACUAUCGAAUGUUUGUCAUGUAGAUGUUGAAAGGAUAAGCAAACGAAAACCUGACGAAGUGUUACCACCCCAUGAACCUGAAGUGGUUAAAAGAGCCGUGAAUCACUUUUUACAGAAAAAUGAGGGCGAUGUAACUAUCAUUGAUGUUUGCAGUGUUGCAGCUGAUUUUCAUGCUAGAUAUAAAGCUCAGGAACGAAAGUACUUUUAUAGGAUAUUAUGUGGACCUGAGCCUUUGUCAACCUUCGAAAAAGACCGGGCUUGGCAUGUACCCGAGGAAUUAGAUCUUCUCGCCAUGCAGCAAGCGUGCAGAGUUCUUGUUGGACAUCAUGAUUUCAGUUCCUUUAGAGCUGCUGCAUGUCAGGCAAAAUCACCCAUCAGAUCUCUGGAUGAAUUAAGUGUUACUGAGGUGGCAUCAACUCCCUAUUUCCCAUCAAUUUUAGAAAUGUAUCCAAGUGACGCUGUGAUGUCUGACCUGCCCGAGACCUUGAAUUCAAAAACCCUUGAAGGCAGAAAUGAGUUUGGAGUUAGAAGAAGGCAUCGUUGCUUAGUUGUCACUGCAAGGGCACGGUCUUUUCUUUAUCAUCAGGUUAGGCUGCUUGUGGGAGUUCUUAAAGCAGUAGGGAGUGGGGAUCUUGGUGUUCCUGAUGUUGAACGCAUCCUCAAUGCGAAGACAGUAACUGCUGCCAGCCCAAUGGCUCCCUCAUCUGGCCUUUACCUGGGACAUGUGAGAUAUGAUGUUGAGGAUCUCAAGAAUUCUCCAUCCUGAAGAAAUUGAUGAUGAAUGGAUGGAUGGACGGAUGGUUGAAUUGAACCAAAUAAUAUGCAUGUUUCCUGAUGGGUGGUAUUUAUUCCCUUUUCAUCCACUGGGAGAAGUGGAAGGAAUACUUAGGGCCUUGUUUAUUUAUUUCUCCAGUAUUCUUUUCUGUUUUCAUUUUUCGGUUAUUCAUUUUCCAAAUCUUAACACAAGUUUUCCAAAUUUCUUUUGUUUUCCAUUUCAUUUUUCAAAAACAUAAAGUAAGUAUAUUCAUCGAG